AUGAAAGAAGUCUUUGAUUACAGAAUCCUAUCUCCAGGAGACCUAGCCAACUCUGUGAUGACUGAAUGGGGAUGGUUGGAUUUUUUGCGCAUAAGAGAGGAAGCUCUGCCAGCUCUGGAUCUUGCACUUAUUUUUGUAGGAAAACAGUUGCAGUCUCUGGAUAUAUUUGGAUCCAAAAAUUCAGACCCAACACUAGUGGACCUGCUCAAGACUUAUUUUUCAAACGCCAGCUUCUCUGUGGCCUUCCCCUAUGUAUCUCCAACAGAGAAGAAAGUGGCAAUGGAAAGCUCUUUGAUUUCAGAAUUUGCAGAUGCUUGCCAUCAUAAUUUACGGGUCAGUAAUAUUACUUUUCUGGAGCCAUGUUCUGUAAAGGGUGAAAAUUUUGACAAAAUUGCAGAAGUGUUUCAGAGGCGGCGUCUGUUUUGUCUUGCUUUCGGUAUUGUACUAUUGCUACUUGCGCCAAUUGUUAGUAGCUGGGUUCCUUUUUAUUACAGCAAUUCAAUGGCUAUUGGAGUUUGCCUUGUCAUCAUAAUCUCUCUUUUCCAGGGGAUGAAAUUGUUGCCAACUGGCAGGAAAAACGCUUUUUACCUCAUGAUAUAUGGUUCAGUGCUUGUUGCAGGAUCUUUUCUAGUAAAUCAAUUUUUAGAGUUUUUCAACUCUAUUCUUGUCAAUUUUGGAAUUAGCCAAGAGAUGCACAUCCCUAUGGCUGUAUUUUUGCUGGCUGGAAUUGUCCUUGCUGGAGUUUGUUUAGGAUUUCCAAUUUUCCUUUUACUCAUCAAUGUUGAUGAAGUAUGUCUUUAG